AUGGCGAGUGGGAACCAGGGCAACGUGCUCAUCAUCGGUGCAUCCAGGGGACUAGGAAGCGCUCUCGCCAAGGACUACGCCGAACAGGGCUGGUCAGUAACAGGCACGCUUCGCUCCAGCAAUCCACCAUCAAUUCAAGACGUGACAUGGCUCUCAAAUAUUGACGUCGCCGCAAGAGACGUAGGCGAAGCUCUUGCGCAGCAGCUCUCGAGUCAAAAGUUCGACAUAGUCAUCAUCUCCGCUGGUGUCUUUCUCAAGGAAUCUUUCGAAGAGCCCGACUAUGAUGCUGAAGUUGCCAUGUACAAAACCUCCGCUAUUGGUCCCAUCUUCAUCACACGCGCCCUAUACAAGAAUGGAAACAUCACUAAGGGCUCCAAACUCAUCCUUGUUUCCUCAGAAGCUGGCUCGAUCACUUUGAGACAUGAAAGUGAAGGUGGCGGCAUGUAUGGUCACCACGCCAGCAAAGCUGCUCUGAACAUGAUCGGUAAGUUGUUGAGCAUGGACUUGAAGCCACAUGGCAUUGCAGUUGCACUUGUGCAUCCCGCUUUCAUGCGCACGGAAAUGACCAAGAACGUGGGCUUCGAUAAGUUUUGGGACGACGGAGGCGCUGUGACGCCCGAGGAGGCUGCCAGUACUCUCAGAGAGUGGGCCGAUACUUUCGACAUCAGCAAGACGGGGGAGUAUUGGGCUCCAAGAGGACCACGCGAUAUCGGUACCGCUGAGGCAGUAUUUGGCAAGGGUCACGAGGCUCUGAAGACGCCUAUGCAUCUGCCAUGGUGAUGCAUACACACUUCCGUCAUGUCCACGGCUUGUGAUGUUUCGAGUACAUUGGCUCCUGUGAAGACAGCAUGUACUUGGAGCAAAUUAUGGUGUAUGAGGUAUGAGACAUGAAAAAUCAGUAAGUAGGUGACGAAUAGAACUAGUAGUCCGAGGGAGUCUUGAGAAAGCGAUAGUAUAUGCG